AGACCAUGUCCCAGGCCCUGGAGCGCACCGAGGGCGGCUGGGCCUGGGUGGUGCUGCUGGCCUCCAUGGUGACCCAGGCCCUCACGCUGGGUUUCCCCCCCUGCAUCGGCAUCUUCUUCGAGGACCUGCAACGCCAGUUCCAGGCCAGCAACAGCGAGACCUCGUGGUUCCCGUCCAUCCUGACGGCCAUGCUGCAUGCGGGCGGUCCCCUCUGUAGCAUCCUGGUGGAGCGCUUCGGCUGCCGAGUGACCAUGAUGCUGGGCGGCUUGCUGGCCUGCCUAGGCUUGGUGGCCAGUUCCUUCUGCCAGAGCCUCUGGGCACUCUACGUCACGGCUGGCUUCAUCUCAGGCCUGGGCAUGUGCUUCAGUUUCCAGUCCAGCAUCACGGUCCUGGGUCUCUACUUCUCCCGCCGGCGGGCGCUGGCCAACGCGCUGGCCUCCGUGGGCGUCUCCCUGGGCAUCACACUCUGGCCGCUGCUCUCGCGCUCCCUCCUGGAAGAUCUGGGCUGGAGGGGCACCUUCCUGGUCUUCGGUGGAGUCCUGCUGCACUGCUGCGUGUGUGGGGCCGUCCUGAGACCCAUGCCCCCCCGCGCGGCCCCCCAGGCGCCAGCAGGCCCCCUGCUGCCGCCCAAGACGCCCGGCCCGGGCUGCCUGGUGGCAUGCGGCCGCGCCGCUAGGCGCCACCUGGCCUUCGACGUCCUGCGGGAGAAUGCAGCCUACCGCGUGUACACCCUGGGCGUCGUCUGGAUGAUCCUGGGCUUUCCACUGCCCCACGUCUUCCUGGUGCCCUAUGCCCAGCGGCAUGGGGUGUCCGAGCACAAGGCUGCCUUGCUCAUCUCUGUCAUCGGCUUCAGCAACAUCUUCAUGCGGCCGCUGGCCGGGCUGCUGGGUGGCUUUCGGGACUUCGCCCGCCACCGCAAGUACCUCUUCAGCAUGGCAGUGCUGCUCAACGGCCUCACCAACCUGGUGUGCGUGGCCUCGGCUGACUUCUGGGUGCUGGUGGGCUACUGCCUGGUGUACAGCGUGUCCAUGAGCGGCAUUGGCGCCCUCCUCUUUCAGGUCCUUAUGGACCUUGUCCCCACAGAGCGAUUCUCCAGCGCCCUGGGCCUCUUCACCAUCCUGGAGAGCAUCUCCAUCCUCAUCUCCCCACCACUGGCUGGGCUCCUCCUGGACACCACCGACAACAACUUCAGUUAUGUUUUCUGCAUGUCCAGCUUCUUCCUCAUCUCUGGGGCGCUCUUCAUGGUGGGCGGCUUCUACGCCCUGCAGAGGAAGGAGCAGCAGGCCCGGCGUGCGGAGGCUGAGGGCGUGAGGCCAACAGCUGCCCAGGAGCCGAGCCUCAGCCCCACAGACAGCAAGGGCGCCAAGAAGCCGCCCAGCACAGAGGUCACUUGUGUGACCAGCGUCUGAGCCCAGAGGCCUGAGAACUAGAUGUCCAGCUGCGCACAUUGGAGGCCAGCCUCCCAGGAGG